ACCUGAACGAGUUUCUGAGGUCUCUCUCUCUCUCUCUCUGUCUCUCAAUAAAAACUCGUGAAGCCCUAACUCGCGAAUCUCGCUCGCUCGCUCACUCCGGAAAGGGCAAAAAGAGAAGGCAUCCCAACCAUGGUGUUCUACUUCAAAGCCCGCUCAGAGGUCGGCGAUUACACCAUUUUCAUGGGCCUCGACAAGUUCGAGAACGAGGAGCUCAUCAAAUACGGCUUUCCCGAAGACAUUUGGUUCCAUGUGGAUAAAAUGUCUUCAGCCCAUGUUUAUGUGAGACUGCACAAAGGUCAGACUAUUGAUGGUAUAAGUGAAGGGUUACUGGAGGAUUGUGCUCAGCUUGUCAAAGCAAAUUCCAUCCAAGGCAACAAGGUGAACAAUAUUGAUGUUGUUUACACUCCCUGGUCCAAUUUGAAGAAAACUGCUUCCAUGGAUGUUGGUCAAGUUGGUUUUCACAAUACAAAAAUGGUUCGGACUGUGAGAGUGGAGAAGCGGAUUAAUGAGGUAGUUAAUAGGUUGAACAGGACAAAAGUGGAAAGGAAACCUGAUUUGAAAGCCGAGCGGGAAGCGGUUAGUGCAGCAGAAAGAGCGGAAAGGAAACAACAGCUGAGAGAUAAAAAACGACGUGAGGAGAUGGAUAGGCUUGAAAAGGAGAGACAAGCAGAGCUUAGGAGCUACAAGGGUUUAAUGGUCUCUGAAAACAUGACAUCCAAUAAACAGAUUGCAGCCACAAGCAAGUCGUUGCAGGAACUGGAAGAAGACUUCAUGUGAACGCAUAAUUUGUUUAAAUGUUCAGUAGAUGUCUGUAGCUGCCAAAGUCAAUGGGCCCGGCCUACAAGAAGGUGUUAGUCAUUCAGGUUGUGAUUCUAGCCUCUAGGCCUCAACUUUAUUUCCCUUGUGAUUGAAUAACUGAUUCCCAAGUCUGUUUUCCUGUGGAUUUUAAUAAAAGAGAGAGCAUCUGCAGUGUUAACAGAAGUGGGGAGAGAAGGGAAGAAGGAAGAAGGCCUAGGUGGGUGGUGGGUGGUGAAAUCUCCUUUUACUUUCCUUUCCAUAUGUAUAAUUGGAUGAUGAGGAUAAACUUAAUUUGCAUCUGCAUUGGGAUAAUGGGUGAUAAACCUGUGCUAUUGCUGUCAACGUUAAAAACAAAACUUGCUAUAAUAUAUAUAUAUAUAUAUAUAUAUAUAUA